AUGUCAGUCAAAGAUGAGAUUCCAGCCAUUUUUUUAGAGAAAAUUUCUCCUAGAGGACUUGAAGCUAUUCAAAAGACAAAGGACUUUGUUAACAAUUUUUGUCUCCCUGCUGAUGAAAUAUAUUACCAACAAAUUUCAAACGAUCCAGCUACAAGAUGGACCACAAUUCCACCAAUUAUUGAAGCUUUAAAGGCAAAAGCAAAAGAGUUGGGAUUGUGGAAUAUGUUUUUGUCCAAACAUUACAAAGAGGGUCCGCAAUAUUCCAAUGUGGAAUAUGGAUUGAUGGCUAGAUAUUUGGGCCGCUCGCAUACUGGACCAGAAGCGACAAACACAAAUGCGCCAGAUACUGGUAAUAUGGAGUUGUUUGCCAAAUACGGAACAAAUUUCCAAAAGGAAAAAUAUUUAAAACCUCUAUUAAACGGCGAAAUCAGAUCUGCAUUCUUAAUGACGGAAAAGGGUACCUCUUCGUCAAAUGCUUUAAACAUUUCAACAACAGCAACUAAAAACUCUCGUGGCAACUAUGUACUUGAGGGAGUGAAAUGGUUUGCUUCAGGAGCUGGUGAUCCAAGAUGUGCUGUGUGGUUGGUUAUGUGUAAAACGAGCAAUAAUGCUCAAAAUCCUUAUAGAAAUCACACGGUUUUGAUUGUCGAUGCAAAACGUGCAUUAGCCUCGGGUAAGGCUAAAUUGGUUAGGCCUUUGCAUGUAAUCGGAUUUGACGAUGCUCCACAUGGACAUUGUGAAAUUGCAUUUGACAAGUAUGAAAUUCCAGUCGAUGAAAUGCCUAAUGUUGUUAUGGCGGGCGAGGGAAGAGGUUUCGAGCUAAUUCAAUCUAGACUAGGUCCUGGCAGAAUCCAUCAUUGUAUGAGAGCUAUCGGAACGGGGGAAUUCGCAUUGAUGCGUAUUGCACAAAGAGCAAACCACAGAAUUAUUUUCGGCAAACCAAUGAACCAAAGAGAAAGCUUUUUGAACAAAUUUGCCCAAAGUAAAAUCGACAUUGAAAGAUGUUUUUUAUUGGUGUUGAACGCUGCGCACAAGAUAGAUAUUUCUAACGCAAAGCAAGCACAAAGAGAAAUAGCCAUGGCAAAGAUUGAAACACCAAGAACUAUUUCAAACAUUCUCGAUUGGGGAAUUCAAGUUUAUGGAGCUGAAGGUGUUUCACAGGAUGUGGAGUUGGCUAGAAUGUAUGCAUUGAAUAGAACAUUGAGAAUAGCCGAUGGUCCUGACGAAGCACACUUGUCUCAACUAGCAAGAAAUGAAGCAAAGAAGUUUCCAGAGAUUGAUGAGUAUUUUGCAAAAUUCGAAGCAAAUCAACAAAAGUUGAGUAAAUUGUGA